UAUAGGUGUAGGUAAAAACGGGUUAUGUUAUAAGGAAGACGACGGAACUCAGUGGAAGAUUUUCUCUCUUGGAGGAGACUUUCUACUGUGUGGCAAUUGACGUUUCCACGACUGAGGAACGUCUUAAGGCGCACGUAUGCACCAUGUGAGAGGACACCCAGCCGGCCUCCUGCAACUCUCCACAUUGCAAGACCUACCAUAAGGGGGACUAUAUUUUGGAGGCGUGGGAUAGAUAUAUGACGUAAAAAAUCAUUCGUGAGGAGGAGCUCAUAUAAGGGUAAUGGCAUCCAACAUUAUUAGAGGUGCUGUCCGUGUCUUCGGAACCGUGGCAGCCGUCCAGACACCAAGAGCAGCAAAAAGCAGCAGGUACAUAACAGCAACACUGUUUGCAUCAGGAGGAGUUUUCCUUUACUCGUCUUAUAGUAGACGUGUUGACGCUGCCCAGAAAUGUGCUACCUUAGAUACCUCUUCUUUCAUGGCAGAACCUGUUACAGAGCUGAGUAUUUUAGAGGGAAACCCAAAUGAUAUGAAAACUAAGAUGGAAUUGCUUAUUAUGAGAAUUCAGUCAGAGUUUUGCCAUGCAUUAGAGCAAGAGGAUGGGAAACAGACAAAGUUCACUGUUGAUAGAUGGAGGCGUCACAAUCCCAGCGAAGGUGGAGGUAUCACCUGUGUCCUGCAGGAUUCCGAGACGUUUGAGAAGGCUGGUGUAAACAUCACAGUUAUGUCAGCCCCGCUCUCUAAACAGCUGCAAGCUAGUAUGAGGGCAAGAGGUAAAGAACUGCCCGAAGACAAGCAGUUUACAUUCUUCGCUGCUGGGAUUAGUUCUGUGAUACAUCCUCGCAACCCUCAUGUUCCCACCAUUCAUUUUAACUAUAGAUACUUCGAAAUGCAAGAUGAGGAUGGAAACAAUAAGCAUUGGUGGUUUGGAGGUGGCACAGACCUGACCCCAUAUUACCUCAAUGAGGGUGACGUAAAGCACUUUCACAGUGCCCUAAAAUCAGCAUGUGACCGCCAUGAUCCUCAGUACUAUCCAAAUUAUAAGAAGUGGUGUGAUGACUACUUCCACAUCCAGUAUAGGGGAGAGAGACGAGGUGUUGGCGGUAUUUUCUUUGAUGAUUUAGAAGCUGACAAUCCUGGUGAUGUGUUUAAUUUUGUAAAGGACUGUGCAGAGGCUGUAAUUCCCUCAUAUAUUCCUUUGGUGAAAAAACACAAAAAUGAUGCAGUCUCAGAGGCAGAACGACGAUGGCAGUUAUUGCGACGAGGCCGCUAUGUAGAGUUCAAUCUAGUAUAUGACCGUGGGACCAAGUUUGGGUUUGCAACACCACAUGCUCGUAUUGAAAGUAUACUCAUGUCUCUUCCCCUAACGGCGCGAUGGGAAUACAUGCACCAACCAGAUCCAGGCUCACCAGAGUUCAAGAUAACGGAGGUCUUAAAAAAUCCACGAGAUUGGGUAUAAUAUUAGAUGAGAAUUUUUGAGACAAUGAUUGUGCCCAUCUUGAAAGCGUUUUUUAUUAUAAUAGGAAUUUAUAAUUAGUUGCAUGGGAAAGAUAGGCAAUUAAUGAAGUAUCAUUUAUUAGAAAAAAUUCUGAUUUACUAUAUAGUUAAAAACCAAGACAUGACUUGAAUUAUUUUAAAUAUUUUUGUUUUUAUUUUGGGAUAAAUUAAAAAUUUUAUAUAAAAUUUAUGGUGUGCUUUAUCUUAUAAAUUGUGCAUUUGGUUGAUGAGAGUUUAACCAGUGUUUUAGUAGAUGAAUAAUUAUUUGUGUUUGAUAAAUUGUAACUCGGAGAAAACAUAUGGAGUAAAAUGUAACUUCUUGUAAACUAAAAUGUAUAGCCGUUUAUGUCCUCGACUUACAGUGGAGGAUCCCAGAUUUAAUCCUUGAGCAGGAGCAAAAUGAUCCUCCCCCCCUCCCCCACCCCCCCUGACAAUUCACCUGUGUUCAUCUAAUAGUAAUUAUGCAUCUUGGAAUUAGGCGAUUGUUGCUAGUUGCAUCCUGGGUAAGGUUAGUAGUUGGCCUAGGGUGGCCUUGAUAAGCAUAAGUACUGUACAAGCUUCCUGUUCCCAACAAUGGGAGUUAUUUAUUGAUCAUCUGGGAACAGAUUUAAGUCUUAAACACUAUUGACUUGAGAAAUGUACUUAAAUUCUAAAGACAUUCCGGAAUUUUACUUUUAUUCAGCAUUGAUAUUUGCUGUAUUACACAAUGUAAAUAUAAUUUUAUUAUAAUUAAACUCAGAGCUGAUUAAUGGCAUUCUUAUUUAGUGCAUGAAUAUUGUGAAGUGCCAUCCUUAUUAAUUAAUAUUGUGUAAAAUGACAAUUGGCAGCAAGGCAUGUGAAAAAUUAGCUUAAAAGUGUGUGAGCAAUAUUUAGUACCCUUUGAAUAUCUUGCUAUGCAGUGGUAGAUAGUCUUCUUGGCUUGGUGCCUCCUGAUACUUAAUUGGUAAACCAAAAUGGUAACUUUAUCAUUAAACUACGGCUCUUGUUAUGUGUUGACCUGUGUGAGGAUUGUCAUCUAACGACGGUGACCGUCGUGUGAGCUGUCAUGUGAGGAUUGCAUUUUUGUGGUGGUUUUCAACCUUUAAACUGCUUGGCUAAUUAGAAGUCCUACAUCGUCUAUUCUAUAGCCUACAUUGUGAUGCACUUGACAAAAUAGUUCACAAAACUAAUGUAAAAACAGUUGCUGUCACAAAUUAGCUCAGUACCAAAAUGGAAACAAUGGAAGAUGCACUUUCUUGAGUCGCUGGUUUAUCACUGUGUGAUAAUUUGCAGUUCACCAUACCAACAUUGAUGUAAAUACAGUACAGGUACUGUAUUUGAUUUGAUUUCCUUUUGCAUAGGCCUACAGAUCUAUCAUAUCAAAUUUAGUUUUAUUCCAUCACCUAUCAUGUAAUGAUGACUGAUGCCAGUAAUAAUGGUGACAAAUGUGCUUACUAACAUAAAUAUAUUUACCUGAAUAUUACUACACUUACUUUUACAUACAGAUCUAAUAUUUCAUAAUAAAAAUGCAAAUUAUGGUAAUUAUUUUGUUUGAGAAAAGUGUUGUUUAUACUACAGUAUAAGUUACAAGAUGCUCCAGGUAGUGUUAAAAUUUUAAAUUACUCUUUGGUGAAUAUAUAUUGUUGUAUAUAUGAAUGUUUGUAUGGUACUUAUGGAGGAUAGUAUAGUACAGUGAUCUAUUAUUUGUAUCAGAUAUUUGUAGUACAGUGACAGAUCUAUUAUAUGCAGUUAAAUAUCUGUAGUUCAGUGAUGGAUCUAUUAUAUGCAGUUAUGUAUCUAUAGUACAGUGACAGAUCUAUUACAUUCAGAUGGCUAUAGUAUAGCCAUUUGCAUAAGGACCUAUUAUAUGGCAGUCAAAUAGCUGUCACAGCCAAGACAGUUAAUAACUAGAUUAACAACAACAUUAUAAAUAAGUACCUAAAACAACCAAAUAUUUAUAAUUUGACUUUGAUAUUUCUCCUUGUUGCAUGACAGUGAUGCCGACAGCCCUUGCUUUGCAUCAAGGUUAUGUACCUGUGUUAAAAAAUGCACAAAUAAAAAUAAAAUUUGAUGGAAAGAUA